CAUCUAUAGAUGCUGACGUGAGUCAGACGUCAAUGCAGUUACGCCAAAGUUUGGAACUAUCUUCGCUAGGGCCAUGGAUGACAUCACCAGAGUCUUUGUGGAGUCCUUCAGUUGUUUGUGGGCUAUCUACACCACCUGAUAACCUUACCCCAUCAACCAGUGUCACUGAUCUUGCUGCAUCUAUGAGCUCACAGCUUAACAGAAGCGGUAUGUACAUUACUCUUAAAAUACAUGCACCAACCUACCAUGUAAUAAAUAAAUGUGUUUAUCACCUAGCUACCCCAAACCUACACAAGUAUGUGAUACAUGGUAAUUUGUUUUAUCAUUUUACAUAUAUUACCUAGCAAAGCAGGGUUUCACCUGAACACCACCCAUUAAGGAUCUCAAAUUAUAUACAGAAUAUAU